GAGAUCAGCUAACUGGGUUUCGCUGCGGUCCACGUCCCCGCGCGGGGCUGAAUCGCUGAAGUGGCUGCGCUGCGGUGAGAGGGCCACGGGCCUGCCGCGCCCGGGUGUGUCUGACACCACAGAGGAGCGUCUGCCUCUGUCCUACAUGUGCCUCGGCAAAUGCCAUGGCCUGGGAGUGCCCAACCCAGCAGCUCUCACCUGCAAAGCCAGACUUCAUAUGGCAAGUACAGGAUGCCAAGUCCACAGCUGCCCAAGGAGGACGUCAGCCUGGCCUCCUAGUCUGCACUGAGCAGCUGCCUCUGAUCCCUGGGCCAAGCAGAAGGCAAUUGCUGACAGCCUAAAGGGCUAGCUGGCCGAGACGCUCAGAGACCAGCAGCCCUGCUUCCAGCUCACCCAGCAAGAUGUGGACAGCCCUGGUGCUGGUGUGGAUUUCCUCUGUGCCCUUAUCUAGAAGCCAUACGGUGCCAGCUGUGCCACGACACUUAGUCACUAAUAAGUGGCCAAGAGCAGGAAAGCAAAACCUGUCUGGGGACGCAGUUCCGAGGGCCGAUAAUACAUCUACCUUGAGAGCAGCCACAGUGCCACCUGCUCCUGUCACACUGACAACAGGGACCUGGGCAGCCACCCUGAACUCCACCAGGGUGACAGCAGAGACGACACCACACGGGACAAACACAAGCACUCCAACAACCAGAGAGGGGACAGCAGACAGCGUGACCUCUAGAAUUCUGGCUGCACCUACAUCUUCAAGCCCCUCGUCUGUGAGGCAGACUCUGCCCACCACCAUUGCUGGGCUUCCCUCUCUCAGCACACCACGUGCAGAAGUGCCAAGAACAAAUGCCAGCGUAUCACCAAGAACAGCCAUAGCAACAACCGUGGCCCCACACACGGGGACUCCUACUACGGGCACAGUGACUGCUGUGAGCACAGUGACUCCUGCCUCGGGCACAGUGACUGCUGCUGUGGGCACAGUGACUCCUGCCGCGGGCACAGUGACUGCUGCUGUGGGCACAGUGACUCCUGCCGCGGGCACAGUGACUGCUGCUGUGGGCACUGUGACUCCUGCUGCCGUGGGCACAGUGACUGCUGCUGUGGGCACAGUGACUUCUGCCGCAGGCACCAUAAACACAAGUGAUCCUCACGCAAGGACUCUGAGUCCUGCCAAAAGCACACCCACUAACACAUCCAGCAGGAACCCCAUUCCCACCUCAGGUGCCCAAACACAAGGUACCACCAUCCAGGUGACCACAGACCAGCCAGUGCAUAGCACAGCAGGUAGACCAACACCUAGUCCCUCAAACACUACCCUGGAGCCCAACACCCCCAAGUCUGUGGCUUCCACGUCCUCUGCCGUAGUGACUACCACCCAGGUACAAACCAAGGAGCCGUCUGCCAGCACGGUGCCAGUGCUUCCUACCAGUAUGAGCCCUGAAGUAGAAGCCACAUCCCCCACCACACAGCCAAGCCCUCUAUUACCUACCCAGGGGACAGGUGGGCCAGGCAUACUCUUGACAACAGAGCAGGUGGGGACCAAAGCCACAGCUGGUACUGCAUCUGCUGGGCCAACAUCCAGGAGCUCAGGGGAUGUUAAGGUGCCAACCACAGCCUCAUGCCAGCUCAGCACCCAAGGCCAGUACCUAGUGGUCACCACUGAUCCCCUGACCCCAUCCUUGGUGAACAAAAUGUUCCUCCUGGUGGUGCUCAUUGUUGGGGUGACCCUCUUCAUCGCAGUCCUGAUGAUGUUUGCCUUGCAAGCCUAUGAGAGCUACAAGAAGAAGGACUAUACGCAGGUGGACUACCUGAUCAAUGGCAUGUACGCCGACUCAGAGAUGUGAGGACUUCUCAGGAGGCCAGCCUCCUCCUUGGCCUUCUAUUUUGCCUCAGACCAAACUAAGUGCUUCCAGAUCCUUCUGGUGCAAUCUCAGAGCUGUGCCAGAUGCUUAGACACAUUUAAUCGCUGUCAGAUCAGCUCCACGAUCAUGAGAGAGCCGCCUUUUCGUAUUUAUUUUUCUAAACGAUCACAUACGCAGGAGUGGCCAGAGUGGAGGGGGCCUGGCACACUUGGCCCUCGAUGUGUGGAAUUUUGACCAGAAUUAAAAGCAAUGACCUCUCUCCAUCC